AUUUACAUGGCAACCGCACCAAUGGCGGAGGUUUCGAUCAAAAUAAGAGUUGGACACAUUUAAAAAAUGAUCAUUUAGAAGAAUUUAAGUGAAUCUGUGCGAGAAUGGAAAACAAACUUUUGACUUUGGAUGCAAUCUAUGUUUCCUCUGUUUUGGAAGACUGUGUGGAUCAAUUGGCAAUACUUGGGAAGAUAAUGCCUUCCAGUUUAGAAGGUCGCCCUGAUGCAGAACAGAUUGUGGACAAUGAAAUAGCAGAAAUUUUAGCUGGUCAAAAACAGCUAGAGAUGAAAUUUGAUAGUUUGGUACACAAGAGGGAUGCAAUGAAGGUCAACAAGUCACUCCAAUCUCGUAAUCAGGAAAAUGAUAAACGUAUUUUGGAUGCGGCAUCAAAUCUUAGGGAUGGUGCAUUGGGGGUAAGUAGGAGUUUCAAACACAAUCCUCUUCACAGCGAUAAUUUGGCAAAAAUUCAGGCUGACAGAAAAUUUUUGCAAGAUGUGGUUCAAGAAACACUGGCAGAAGUGAAUACAUCACAAACCUUCCAAGCGUUGACGGACUCUGUGAAUAGCGAGAGACAAAAGAAAGAACAGCUUCAACGUACAAUAUUAAAGGAAGAAGAAAGUCGUAAAGCUGUGAAAACACUGCAGCGUCAGUUAAUUGAAGUUCGAAAACAAAAAGAGCAGGAAAUUCAGCAAAGAAAUGAAAUGAUUGCACAUCUCAAAGACCAACUUCAAGAGAUGAAGGCCAAAGCAAGUAUGGAGGGGAAAUACAUCAGAAAGGACGCCGAAGUUCGAGUCAAUGUUACUCAGAAAAAAUGUCAGCAGACCGAAUCAAGCAUGAGGGAGGAAUUGGAGGAGCUACGUCAUAAAAUGGGUGAAGAAUCACGAGUGAAUAGUGAAAUUGAAACCUACCUUCGAACUCAUCACCAGGCUUUAGAAGAGAAAGUUGAAUACUGGAUGGAAAAGUACGACAGAGAUGUUGAAGCCAAACAGCACGAAUUAGACGUACUUAAGGCUUCGAAAGCAAAUGAUUUAUCGAGACUUCAAGAGUUGACGCAAAAGUAUUCUGAGUAUGAGAAAGUUGUCAUAGAAGAUAGAAUCGAGAAGGAAAAGAUACGGCGUCAAGCGGAACAAGAGGAAGAGGAACUAAAUGCAGCAAUAAAUAUUCAGUCAUGGUGGCGUGGUGUAAUGGUCCGUAAACAACUUGGUCCAUACAGUUUGAAAAGGAGGAAGAAAGCGAAAAAGGGGAAGAAAUCUGCAAAGAAAGGUGCUGGAAAGAAAGGGAAAAAGAAGUAGCUUCAUUUUUUUAAAAAUUCUUACUGUACAUAAAAGCCAUGAGUCCAAUUUAAAAUAUAUUUGGGUAAAGACUGUAUAUGCCAGGGUAUAAUAAUGUUCCAACCCAAACCUACUAACCAAGUCACGUAUGUAGCUGCACGUAAUUGGUUUGUGUCAAGUGUAAGCAAACUACACACAAUAACAAUGUAUGUCAGAACCAAACACUAUCAUUUGUCGACAUGGAUUAACAUUUCUUUUAAUUGUUAAGGUCAACUUAAUUGGAUACAUUAAUCAAUAGUGUUUGAUAUGUUUGAUUUUUUUAUUCUAAUUCAGUAAAAAAAUAUUUCCAAUACUUA